AUUACCAUUGAAACAGACGGGAGUCUAAAAUUUUCGAACUCAAUCAUUUUCAAAAUCAGAGGAAUAUUUGUUAUUUUCUGCUUCGUAUUCGAAGAUGGAUGCCAUGGAUCACAGUGACUGAUAUUAAGUACGUAGAGACUUUGUACAACAAAUAAAGUUUGAGAGUGGUCCUGGUACUCUAAUUUUAAUCGCUUAAGACACAUAUGAACUAAACUGUAAAAGUAAAAAAAAGGCUAUUCUGGUAAACGUUUUGAGUCAAAAUGCAGAAAGCAGUCAAAGAAUAUUGGUUCGUACGUAAAAAUCCAAAUCACCAACAACAGAAAAUUAAGCCCUUUUCAAAUCCUUGCAAACGUUAUCAAGUCGAUACCUAUCUCACUAUACCGAUACAACAACAGCAACGGGCUGUACUUUUAAUUGCACUCAUAUUGUUGCAACAUGUUGACUUGUACAUGAGUCAUCACAUACCAGCAAAUAAGCGAACAUCUCAGAAUAAUGAUAGCAGUCGUGAUGACGCGCACUACCUACGAAAUCGAGCACAUGCAAAUGGCGACAGCAUUGGUUAUACCACCACCGAGAGUGAUAUUGCAGAAAGUAUUAACCAUAGAGACACACGAAGUAGUGAAGUUGGAAUGAAAAAACGUCGUAUUGAGAGUGGGCAGCCUGAGGAGAUUUUUAGUUUUGACGAUCGGAUCGAAGCCAAUUAUGAUGAGUAUCCGAUGGUGGUACCAAAACGAGCUGCUCUUUUGCUUGACCGACUUAUGGUUGCGCUUCAUCACGCACUUGAGCAGGAGCGUCGCAAAAUAAGCGAUUUCUAUGCAGAACGCAAUGAUAAAUACGUCAAUUCGAAGGAGGGGAAUGCUCCUAGUAGCGCUGAUGAGACCGAGCAAGUGAGUGCAAAUCAUAUGUAUAGUGACGACGAUCCCUCGGUUAUGAUGGACUACGAUUUCAAAGAUUUGAACUCGAUAAAUCGCGCCACUGGCGAAACUUUAAUGGCAAAGAGCUUUCAGAGAAGAGGAGGCAUGAGUUCGGAGUUAGGCAGCGGCUUGGGUAAUACCGAAGGUGUAGCAAUGCUGACGGCAGCGGCAAGGACAGAUGCGAAUGCCGGUGGGUUAGGCGGCGGUGUUGGGCGCAGUGGAAUUGGCAAUGGUGGACGUAUGUACUGGCGUUGCUACUUCAAUGCAGUAAGCUGCUUCUAGAACUAAAAAUACCUAAUAUAAUAUAUCAGAAAUCAUGAAUGUUAUGCACUCAGUCUUAUAGGAGUUGUACAUAUAUAUAAUAAUACAAACAUACAUUUAUAUGAAUUUUAAAACAAUUUUUCGUAAUGUACAUAUGUAUUUUAUUAAAAAGCGAACAAAUACUCUACAAAACUACUUUUGUGAGUAUACCCUAUUCACACUUAUGUAUGCGGGUCGGCCCCAUGCAAUUGUGUUUGUAAAAGAAAAUGCGGAAAAUUCGCUAAAUAUUUCCAUAAAUUACAUUAACCCGCUGAAAGCAACAUAUGUACGUAUAUCUACUUUUUAUGUAUGUGAAUAUAAAUGUGCAUUGUUGUA